AUGGAGCGAAAUCCAUAUGUAUCAGUGAAAAAAAAUGGAGUAAAAACAACAAAAAACUACAGUAGAAAUCAAUUGAAAAUCGAAGGAGAUCAAUUGACUAGACAAAUACAAGGUGAGGUGCCUUGGUGUAUGUUGUUCGCGGAUGACAUAGUCCUGAUUGACGAGACUCACAACGGAGUUAACGACAAGCUGGAGGGCUGGAGACAGACGUUGGAGUCUAAAGGAUUUAAAUUGAGUAGGACCAAGACAGAAUACUUGGAGUGCAGUUUCAGUGGACUGCCGCGUGAGGCUGACGGGGAAGUGAGGCUUGGUACCCAGGCCAUUCAAAAGAAAAGAAGCUUCAAAUACCUUGGGUCUAUUAUACAGGAAGAUGGGGAUAUCGACGACGAUGUUUCACACCGCAUCAGUGCAGGGUGGAUGAAAUGGAGGCUCGCCUCCGGAGUGCUGUGUGACAAGAAAGUGCCACCAAAACUCAAAGGCAAGUUCUACAAAGUGGUGGUUAGACCGACCCUAUUGUACGGGGUGGAGUGUUGGCCAAUCAAGAAACUUCAUGUCCAGAAGAUGAGAGUCGCGGAAAUGCGAAUGCUGCGGUGGAUGUGUGGGCACACUAGGAUGGAUAGAAUUAGGAAUGAAGAUAUCCGAGACAAGGUGGGAGUGGCAUCGGUGGAGGACAAGAUGCUGGAGCGAGACUAA